AUGAGCUGAGUUUGUUAGCCAGAUGGCUGAGUGGAAAGGAUAUAAAAGAUGGUUCUAAACCAGUUGGUGAAAGUUCUAUGAAGGUUUCUGAAACCAAGCUUCCUUCAAUGAAGAAGACUCCGACGUUUUCUGAUAAUUAUCUGAAUGAACCGGGACCGAAUGUAGAUGAUAGUGGCAGAAAUAAGAAGCCUGGGACUAGUGCUUCGAUGAAUGUGAAACCAGUGAGUAAGGUCUCUAGUAAACUUGGAACAAAAGCAAGUGAAUGGCAGAAAGCAGAGCUGGAUAAAAUUCAGAAAAGGUAUGAGAAGAUGACUGCAACAAUCUUGGAAUGGGAGAAUGAAAAGAAGAUUAAAGCAAAGCGGAAAUUGGACCAAAAAGAGAGCACGUUGGAAGCGAGAAGAGCGAGAGCAUUACAAGAGUAUCGGAAUGAGAUGUCAAGAAUUGAUCAAAUUGCCGGAGGAGCAAGAGGAGUUGCAGAAGAGAAGAGAAGGAAUGAGGAAUUGAAAACAAUUGAGAAGGCGAAGUCAAUACAAACAACAGGAAGAACUCCACAUUCAUUUUUAUGUUUCUGAACAAUAUAAUUUUCUAUCAAUCACAACCAUUAAAACUUAGCACAAUAAGAAUGGCGGAAUGCAUGAAUUCUGCAUUUUAAAAUCCA